GGAAUUAAAUGUCGUGCUUGUCGAUUAUCCAAAUGUUUAAAUGUUGGCAUGGAUAAAUUACUAAUACAACAAUUAGCUUUAUAUAGAAAAUUAAAAAAAGAAAAUAAUAGUUGUCAAAUUUCUCAAAAUAAUAAACUGAAUGACUUGAAGAAUAAUAUUACGAAAUUAUCUCAGCCAAUAAUAAACAAAAAUUCUGAAAUAUCAAAAAUAUUAUCUGAAUUAAUUAAUGUUGAAAACAAAAAAAAUUAUAUUAGAAAUUCGCGUCAUGGAAUCUCUAUUGAAUUGUUGUUUAAAAGAAAAUUGGAGGAUUUUUUAGAUGAAUCUUAUACAAAUUUAUUAAAUUUGUAUGAAAAAUUUGAGCCCGGCCCACCUCCUUCAGUAGAUUCAACUGAAAUCGAGGAUUUAAAGGAAGGACGAAAUAUAAAUAAACAAAGACCCAGCUAUUAUUUUAUGAAUUUAUAUUUAUCAAUUGAAUUAAUACGUACUAUGCCUUUUUAUGAAGAAUUAAGUAUUUCUGAUAAGGUACUUACUUAUUUACUUUAA